CAGGACUGUUGCAUUGCGCAGUCUGUGUGGCUGCGUUGUGCAUUCGUGGGAUGGGGCGGCUGGCUGGAGGGUGGACUUGGUGCAUUGCUCUGCUCACAUGCCUCAGUCAGCUUCCUCACCUGAAGAUUUUAAAAUCUGCUGAAUUGGAACACUUGGAAUAUUAAGCAGUAGCCUUGAAUUGAUCUAAGGUGCAUUUUUCUUCCAAUUAUAAAGAGGACUGGCUCCCAAGAAACCCGUAUGAGUGAGGCCCCACUCUGCAAUGGAAUCCUGGCCUACCCUGGCCUGGGUUCUGCUACUUAGCCUGAUCGCUGACUGUCUGAAAGCAGUUCAACCUAGAGACUUUACAGUGAAAGAUAUUAUCUACCUUCAUCCUUCAACCACACCAUAUCCUGGUGGAUUUAAAUGUUUCACCUGUGAAAAGGCAGCAGACAAUUAUGAAUGCAACCGAUGGGCUCCAGAUAUCUAUUGUCCAAAAGGGACAAGAUACUGUUACACUCAACACACAUUGGAAGCCAGUGGAGAAAGUAUAUCUGUCACUAAGCGCUGUGUGCCACUGGAGGACUGUUUGUCUACUGGAUGCAUAGAUUCAAAACACGAAGGCCGCAAGAUCUGCACUUCCUGCUGUGAAGGAAAUAUCUGCAACUUGCCAUUACCCAGAAAUGCAACUGAUGCAAUAUUUGCAACGACAUCCCCUAUAAAUCAGACAAAAAGACUUUCCCAACAUAUAUCAAUAAUAACAUCAUGUCUCCUGUUGGUAUUUACUUCAUAGCGAUGUCAUAAGGUGCCAUUUGUCUAGUUGGAAAAGCUUAACUGGAUGAAAACCUUAGUAUCAAUAUAUGACCUUAUCUUAAUAUAUGUUCACAAUCUUAGUAUUUCAACAACAUUCCCAAAAUUUUAAUUUCUUUUUGUUUUUUUUUUAUUAAUUUUGGUUAGUACUGCACCUAAAUGUUCCUGAAGUGUAUUCUCCUCAAGGGGAGAAUAAUCCAAUUGUUUUCACUUAAUAUUUUAAGUAGAAACACAUUUGAAAUAUUUUCAAAGCUAGUGGGUCACCCAUAUACAUGGGUCCAUAGAAUAUUCUUGAAAUUUGUCUACUCUCUGUGAAGUGGUAAUAUUUGUUAAAAAUAUAUUAUGCAGCUAUAGAAUCAUAUAAUUUGAUUAUUUGAAGCUCUCUCAUGAAGGAGUAUUUAUUUACUGAUUCCAACAAUAAUUUGAUUAUCAUAUCAAUCUUUGGCACCUUCCUGAUUGUUUGGAAACCUCACAGUAGCUAACCUCAGCUCUAUAUGCCUGCCCUGUCUUUUUUUUUUUUUUUUUUUUUUUUUUUUUGCACAUUACAAACUUCCAUGGAUCUGCUGCUUCUCUCUCAGUGAUGUAAAUUGGGGUAACUCCAUUGAGCUCAAUGGAGUUACACCGGCAUAAAAGUAACAUUAGAGGAGAAGUGGGUCCAAUGGGAGAUUGGGAACAAGCUCCAGCUGUUCACAGAUGUCUUCUCUAAAGUAAUCCAUCAACAGUGAAAAUGUUUUUUUUCUUCACAUCUGGCUGUUAAAAUGUUUGGGUGUGAUGCUGAGCAUGGUGGUGUUACCUGUUGUAAAUACUCACUCAUUCUGUAAAGAAUGACAUCACACCUCCAUUUUGUAAGUCAAGCCUGAGAUAUUUUAAAGACCUUAGUUUUUUAAGCUUUAUUGAUCGAAGCAUGGGCUAAAAUACAAGCAGCCAGUUUUAGUCUGAGAGGAAAAUGUAUAUUAAACGCUAUUUGAAGGCCUCCUGUGGAAUAUGAUGGUGCAUGACAAGGCAGCACAGCAAAUAGUGCUUCACAAUUUUAUUUAUUUUUACAGCUAGGUGCCCAGUCCUCCAAGAUGCUUAACAUUGGCUCUAAUUUAACAAAGCACUUAAGCACAUGCUUAUCUUUAAGCACAUAAAAAGUCCCCUUGAACUCAGUGUGUUUUGGAACAACCACAUAGACAUAUUCUGGCUUGAGUCCAUGCAUGCAAAUCCCCUGGAUUAAGAGUUAGAAUAAGAUAUAGCUUACCUAAAAUCAACUUUUAUGACAAUAUUUUUAACUACCAUUGUAGGCCGUUUUUUCUUUUAUAACUU